AUGCUGUCUAUCUCACUCCCUUCGCUCAGAUCUUUCCUUCCAUUUUCAAAAGAGAAAUAUGUCAUAAAUCUGCCCAGCGUCGAGUCCCUUGACAUUGAAUCCACGCAGGAAAAACCAGCCCGGGCAUUGAAGCACCUACUCAAAUUGAAUCAUGCAAAUCAUGCGAUUCUAUACAAUAAUUUGAAAUUUCAUAACCAUGCUCCUCAUCUUUUGAGUGCGGCGUUUUUACAAGGUGCCGAUGCAGAGGACUUAAACCGACUCUACGAGACGGAGUCUAAACUGUUAGAUGUGUGGGCUGAUUCGCCUGCGGAAGUUACCCCUGAUGACUGGAGAGAUCAUUUAGGAUGUCGAGAAUAUCAGAAGGCAUUUGUGGACUUUUAUGAGGAUGAGUUGGUAAGACUUAAUUAUGACUGGAAGGAGGUUGUUGCCGAGUAUUUAUUCUCUGGUGAUGAGCCCGUGUUCAAUUCCAUCAUUGCGGACUUGGGCCAUCCGCUCAUUCAUCUCGCCUAUGCAUACGAGCUAUCUAGUCGCGAGGUAGCGAUGGAAGCGCUGGGCCUGGCAUCGGUCUGUUACGGCAGUAUACAUAAGUAUAUCGACAGGCCAGCGCUUUCGCAGGAAGAGUCAUCAUACCACGCAUCAUCAAUAUUCGAAAUCCUCACAAAUGUUCGCUCAGACAAGAAUAUUGAGGUUCUUUUCACCACCCCAGGAAAUGGCAAUUUGAACCAACUCUUCAGCAAGCACGAAGCAGUCUUGCUCAACCACUGGAAUGCAUGGAAAAUUGAGAAUCCAAUCGAGCAAUUUCGUGAAAGUCAGCAACUUGCCGCUGGACUCUUGCUUGCGACACAUAAGCAUCAGACUGGGAGUCAUGACUUUUUCCUCGUCCAUAUUCUCACUACCAGUCACGCCGUCCGCGUCUUGUUGCCCUUUAUUCCACCAAGGUUCCAGAUUCCACUCAUCCGUCAAUGGUGGUUGAUGACGUUGGCGAUUUACAUUUCACAGCUAUGUCCAGGGAUCCCGGUGGAUGAGGUCCAUCAGUUUGAUCUUCAACGGAGGAACUGGGAGUGGGUGGCAGGCAAGGCAAUUCGGAGUAAGCACUCCACAGAUGCCCACUACGUCAAAGCUUUAAGGUCAUUGAAACAGAUUGAGACGACGUGGGGUGAUCAGGAUGGCUUCUAUCUGAAAGCAGCGGUCAAGUUUGCCGAUGAAUUUAAUGGCUGGGGUGGGUUUGUGUGA